AUGGCUAUCUUUCUCUGUUGCUUAUUGGUUUUAUCGCUUCUCGUUCCAUUGUUCUUUCUCAUGAGAAGGAUCAAAAAAAACCCGAAAUGGAAUCUUCCUCCGGGUCCUUCAAGUCUUCCAAUCAUCGGAAACAUGCACCAGUUUGCAGGAUUGCCUCACAGAUGCUUUCAUCAUCUCUCCAUCAAAUACGGCCCCGUGGUACUUCUUCGUCUCGGUUUUGUUCCGAUGGUUGUGAUCUCCUCUAGUGAAGCAGCUGAAGAAGUUCUCAAGUCCCAUGACCUUAGUUGCUGCAGCCGACCGAAAACGUACGCCACGGGGAAACUCUCUUACGGUUUUAAAGACAUCAGCUUCUCGGAGUACGGUGAGUAUUGGCGAGAAAUGCGAAAGCUCGCUGUCAUCGAGCUUUUCAGCCUGAAAAAGGUUCAAUCUUUUAAGAGCAUCAGAGAAGAAGAGGUAGGGUUUAUGGUGAAGAAAGUGUCGGAAUCGGCUUUGAAAAAAUCUCCUAUGGAUUUAAGCAAAACGUUCUUCUCCUUAACCGCAAGCAUCAUUUGUCGAGUGGCCUUAGGACAGAACUUCAACGAAAGUGGUUUCGUAUUAGAGAGAGAUAGAAUCGAAGAGCUUGUGAGUGAGGCAAUGUUAGCCCUAGGGAGUUUCACUUGCUCUGAUUUGUUCCCCGGCGGUGUUGGGAGAUUCUUGGAUUGGUUUUUUGGAAGACACAAGAGGAUAAACAAAGUGUUUGAAGAGUUUGAUGCUUUUUACCAGCAAGUGAUUGAUGAUCACUUAGCCGGAAAGAAAACUGUUGAUUCUCCGGCGGAUAUCGUUGAACUCUUGUUGGAUUUGAUGGAUAAACAAGGAAAUAAGGAUUAUUUCAAGCUCAGCAUUGAUCAUAUCAAAGCAGUUCUCAUGGAUGUAUUUCUGGCGGGAGUAGAUACAGGGGCUAUAACUAUGAUUUGGGCGAUGACUGAGCUUGCUAGAAACCCUAGAGUGAUGAAGAAGGCACAAGAAGAGAUCAGAACCACCCUAGGGCGCAAAAAGGAGAAGAUCGAUGAAGAAGACAUAGACAAAGUUGACUACUUGAAGCUCAUAAUCAAGGAAACAUUCAGAUUACACCCACCACUUCCAUUAUUGCUGCCAAGAGAAACAAUGUCUCACGUCAAGAUCCAAGGCUACGAUGUUCCUCCCAAAACACAAAUCCAACUUAACGUUUGGACGAUCGGACGUGACCCCACACGUUGGACCGACCCUGAAAGUUUCAUUCCUGAGCGGUUUACUGAUAGUUGUGUUGAUUUCAGGGGACAACACUUUGAGCUAUUACCGUUUGGGUCUGGGAGGAGGAGCUGUCCAGGGAUGUCAAUGGCGAUGCCUAGCGUGGAAUUAGGACUUUUAAAUAUGCUUUACUUCUUCGAUUGGAAGUUGCCUGAAGGGAUGCUAAGUGGCGAAGACAUUGAUAUGGAGGAAGCUGGAAAUCUCAGCAUUGUCAAGAAACUACCUCUUCAACUUGUUCCUGUCAACGCAGUCACUUAA